AUGACUAAUCUCAAUGGAGGACAUUCCGUCAUCAUGAUCCCACCAAAAAAGAGCUCUGUAGAUGAUUAUGCACCUAACCCGCUCUUACUGCCCCCGUCACCUUCAGCAGCCCGCUUCAUCGCAUCGUCAAACAUCACGGCACCAACACUGUCCUCGAGCCCUCUACGACCUGCUCUUCACACUGUGGCUUCAUCGUCCUCAUUAUCAUCAUCUUUUGGCAGUAUGUCUGGAACCACAACUACUAGUCAGACAAAUGGAGGAACUGUCAGUAAUGGGGGAGCAGCAGCCCAUGGCCAUCAGCCAAUAAAUUCAGGAACUACCCUACCGGCCCAAGUUUCGUCAGCAUUGUCAUCGUCAAUACCCACAACCACUUCCAGCUCUCCUUCAUCCUUGCCUCUAGUCACCAACAGCAACAAUACUGGUACCAACAGCGCUGCUACCGCCAAUAAUAACAAUAAUAGCAAUGCGAUGUCAUCCUCAUGCGCUACUCCUACUGUUAUUGGCAGCACCAACCCCAAGUCCGUGAUGAAUGUCACCGCUCCAUCCUACUACCAGAACACCGCUUUUGCCAACAAUGCGAUGAAUAGCAGCAACGUCAGUGUGAACAUACAAUCUCAUAAUGUCCCAAUUACAUCCACAACUAUGACCAACGGCAGUCAACAGCUGCACCAUCACCAUCUUCAAAACAAUAAUGCCCACUUCCUCACUCAGCAAACUCAAGCCCAACAACACCCAAGCAUUCCAAUGCAUAUGCUUAUAGUUCCGCCCGAACCACGGUCAUUACAUUUAGAUGCGCUUCGCAAGGAUGAUGACCUCAUGGAAGAGCUCCAAAUGACUGUCCAUGAUCUUUCUCAGUGGCUCGAGGUGUUCGAAACUGGUAUCAAAAGCAUUCGCUCAUCCUAA